UUAAAAAUAGUAAUAUAAAUAGAUAGAGAAGUUGAUUUAGAGUAAUAAUUAAGCAAGUGUCUUAAAAAUUUCUUGAAUCUUGUCCAAGGGCGUCUUAAAACCAUUAGCUUUUGUAAUGGCGAUUCAAGGCUCUUCAGGGAUAGGCUUGCUGCUCUUGUGCAACCUGUUGGCUUUUGCAGGACUCGUUUCAGCUUGUUUUAAUCGCAGCAGUUUUCCACCGGGGUUUCUUUUUGGAACAGCUGCGGCUUCUUACCAGUAUGAAGGUGCAGUAAAUGAAGAUGGAAAGGGCCCAAGUAUAUGGGACGUUUUUACUCACAAAUAUCCAGAAAGGAUUAAAGGCCGUGCUAAUGCGGAUGUAGCUAUUGAUUUUUAUCAUCGUUAUCAGGAAGAUGUGGACAUCAUGAAGAAUAUGAGUUUAGAUGCUUUCAGAUUCUCUAUCUCCUGGUCUAGAGUGUUACCUCGUGGGAAACUAAGUGGAGGAGUGAACGGGAAGGGCAUUGAAUUCUACAAUAAUCUCAUCAAUAAGCUCCUAUCAGAAGGCAUACAGCCUUUUGUGACUUUAUUUCACUGGGAUCUACCUCAAGCCCUUGAAGAUGAAUAUGGUGGAUUUUUAAGCCCUCGCAUAGUGGAUGAUUUCAAGGAUUACGCAGAGCUUUGCUUCAAAGAAUUUGGGGAUAGAGUGAAGCAUUGGAUCACAUUAAAUGAGCCCUGGAGUUAUAGCAACACUGGUUAUAACGUGGGCCAAUUUGCGCCAGGAAGGUGCUCCAGGUUCAUGAAUCCAGCAUGCCAAGCUGGAGACUCUGCAACUGAGCCUUAUUUGGUUGGCCACAAUUUGUUACUUUCUCAUGCAGCAGCAGUAAAACUCUACAAAGAAAAAUACCAAGCAUCUCAGAAAGGGAAGAUUGGGAUAACACUUAUUUCUCAUUGGAUGGUGCCAUUCUCCAACUCUCAGCUUGACAAGGAGGCAUCAAUUAGAGCCCUUGAUUUUAUGUAUGGAUGGUACAUGGACCCAUUAACCUAUGGUGACUACCCACAAAGCAUGCUUACCCUUGUUGGAAAUAGAUUGCCUAAAUUCACCAAAGAUCAAUCUAAAUUGGUGAAAGGAUCUUUUGAUUUUAUUGGAUUAAAUUACUACAGUGCAUUUUACGCAGCUGCUGUACCUGCUAAUUCUAAUCCAGUCAAUAUUAGCUACUCCACAGAUUCCCUCACUAAUUUAACAACCGAGCGAAAUGGAAUUCCUAUUGGUCCGUCGGGUGGUUCGAUUUGGAUUCAUUCAUAUCCAAAAGGCUUUCAUAAUAUUGUCAAAUAUACAAAGGAAAAAUACAGCAAUCCAACAAUUUAUAUCACUGAGAAUGGGAUUGACCAAUUUGAUGAUGGUACCUUAACAAUUAAAGAACUUCAAAAUGAUACAUAUAGAAUAGACUAUUACAAUAAUCAUCUUGCGUACCUCAACAGAGCCAUUCACGAGGGCAUCAAUGUUAAGGGUUACUUUGCAUGGUCAUUACUGGAUAACUUUGAAUGGGCUGCUGCUUUCACUAUGAGGUAUGGAAUUAAUGUGGUAGACUACAAAAAUGGCUUGAAAAGAUCCCCCAAGAAGUCAGCUAUUUGGUUCAAGAACUUCCUGCAGAGGCAGAGGAAUUAUCCAUGAUUAUGCAGAGGAUCAGAUUCCAUUUUUGGCUGAGAAAUAAACAAUGACUUUUUUUUCUAUCCCAUAUGUUGAAUAAUUUCUCAAAAAUAAGACUUCUGAUCUGGAAGGAUAAAGGGGAAAUGAAUGUUCUGCU